AUGGAAUACGGGGAAUAUGAUGCGAGAACAGGAAUGUAUACAGGUUUACCCAAGGUUAGUUUUUAGUUUUUGAGUUGCAAUAUGUUGUUUAUCUUAAUAUUGUUUUGUUUAGCAAUGGCAAUCACUUCUCGGACCACCAAGAUCGAUUUCAAGACCGCGACCAAUUGUGGAUCCAUCUUGUAUAACACCAGUUGAUGUUGCAGAACUCAAAACUGUUAUUAGGGGACCUAAUUCAAGGUUUGUUCUAUUCUUCUUUUUCGUUGUGUAUUUAAAACAUUUAUUUUUGUAGAUUUAAUACCCCGAUUCCUCAACAUCUCGAUUCUCCUUGA